AGUAAACAAAAAGUAAACAAACAUUGCAACAUACCCAGACAUUUUAGAGUUUAUUCUGGAAUAAAAAAUAAGUCUUGUGCAAUCACUUCGAUGGAUAUAAAAAGACACGUUAUUUACUCUGUAGCAAUAUAUGUGGUUGGCAAUGUGAAACAAACAUUUAAACUGGUAAGUAGACCAAAUUAAAAAAAAAAAAAUGUCUGAAUUGUCUGAAAUAGAAAUUAUUGACUUGGGAGAAGGCGAGGCAUUACGACUAUGUGAAAAAACGACUAUAAUAGACACUAUAAUCUCACUAACAAAGCACAAGAGUGCUCGAGUGAGGCAGCGAGCCCUGAAGGAGAUGUGCCCGUGCCAUGUGAAGGAAGAUCUGACAGAGUUUUGGGACCGAGUCCUUGAUAUGGUUGGUGAUGAAUCUCCUGUCGUCAGAUAUCAGGUUUUACACACCCUGUGUGACGGCUCGCCAACCCAUAUGGAAGACAAGGUGGCCGAUGUCCUCGACAUUUACAACAAUGACAGCGACCCCAAACUACGACGAAAGGCCCACCAAGUGUUGUCCGGGUACAGACGGACUGGCAAAUGGAAUGUCAUGUGAAUGGAAUAGGACACCGGAUUUAGGAAUAGACCUUUAACUACAACGAACGUCCCACCAGGUUUUGUCUGGGUACAGGCAGACUUGCAAAUCGGAUGUAGUGUUUGUUACACAAGAUUUGGAAUAGAGCAUUUAACAUUAUACAUCUUGGUGAAUUGUGCAUUGUCAUGGAAGACUUACCCAUCAGUAAUUCUGAAAGUUUGCUUAAGCAGCUUUCUACACACUCAGAAUGUUUCAGUCGACGUUUUAAAAGGGUCGGACAUGCAACAAAGAAUGCAUUUGAGAUUUUUGUUAUCAAAAUUAUGUAUUAACAAGGGAAAUUUGUAGGUACUUUCAUUCCUGCUUCUAUGAUUUUAAUAA